AUGGCUGAAAGGCAAACAUCUGAAGCUAGUGAUAGUCCCACCCGAGAAAGGCAUGUUAGGGAAUUAGCUGAAUUACAAGAAAUUAUUCGUAGACAAGGUGAGCAGAUAAAGAAGCUAGCUCAAGAGUUGCGACAUGGACGUAAUGCUGAAGCUGUUCCACCUCCUCCACCACCUCCCCUACAUCAGAUGGAACCUUUAUAUGAGAGAUUUAGAAAACAACGCCCACCAACUUUUGAGGGUAGCAGUGACCCAUUAGAAGCACUAGAUUGGAAGAGUUCCCUAGAAGAUAUCUUUGAGUUUAUGCAAUUAAAUGAUAGGGAAAAGGUGUCUUGCACCGUGCAUACGUUAAAGAAAGACGCUAAGAUUUGGUGGGAUGUUGUUAAGCUUACACGUGACGUUAGUCAGAUGACUUGGGCUGAUUUCGAGACCUUUUUUAACGAAAAGUUCUAUAGUGAAGCUAUGUUAAGUGCUAAAGUAAACGAGUUUAGUAGAUUGUACCAGGGGAGUCUAUCGGUUGCUGCGUAUGCUCGAAAGUUUGAUCGAUUAGCUAAGUUUGCACCGGAUUUGGUUGUCACUGAGGCUAGUAGGGUGAAUCGUUUUCUUGAGGGAUUACAACCAGAGUUAGCUAGAGAUGUUGACAUGGGACGUACUGGGCCUCUCACUUAUUCUCAAGCAGUUGAAAAAGCUUUGAGGGCUAAACAUAGGGAACAAAAGAUAAUGAGGGUGAAGGGUUCUACUACAAUGCCUAGAAGGGAUGUAAAAUUUAAUAAAGAUCAAGAUCGAUUUUUAAACAAACGAGGUGUUCAAGGAUCUCAGACUAGACUUGAUCCAAAUAAAAGAUUUAAAGCAUCAACAAGGAAGUGUUACAAAUGCGGAAAGGAGGAUCAUCUAAUCAAGGAUUGUCCAAUUUGGCAAAAUGAGCAGAAGAAAGAGGAGCCUUCAAAGACUAAUGCCAGAAUCUUUGCUAUCACCCAAGCAGAUGCAGAUGCUAGCAAUACGGUAGUGUCAGGUAACAUCACUAUCGAUGGUAUUCCUACUUAUGCAUUGAUAGAUUCAGGAGCUACACAUUCAUUUGCAUCUAUAAAUUAUUUGAAAAGACUUAGGAGACCUCUUGAAAAGUUAUCAAGUAAUUUUAGUGCAAUAUUACCGUCCGGAGAGAUAUUACAUUAUAACCAAUGGUUAAGAGCGGUUCCUGUAUGUAUUGAUAACCACGAAUUGUAUGUUGAUUUAGUGGUUUUAGAGAUGUAUGAUUAUGAGGUGAUACUAGGUAUGGAUUGGUUAUCUAAGUAUAAUGCUACUAUUGAUUGUAAAAACAAAAAGGUGAUGUUUAAACCUUCUGAGGAGGACCAAUUUGAGUUCGUGGCUGAUUUCCCCAAUAACAUGAUAUCGACCGUCUCAGCUAUGCAAGAAAAGACAAUGUUACAAGAUGGUUGUGUUGGUUAUUUUGGAAAUGUGUUAGGCACUAAUCUUAUAAUAGGAAAUAAGCCCGAGGAGAUACCUGUAGUUAAAGAAUUUUUAGAAGUUUUUCCAUAA